AUAUUUUGGCACGUGACUUGUUCCAAUAUGGCCGCAGACUUCUGCCACUCUGUGGCCGAGAUUGGUGAAAUUGUGCAAUAUUUGGUGGACUAAAAAUCUUACCUCUAUCGUAAAACAAAGCAAAUGAUAGGAAAAUGUCACGUUGCUCGCAAUGACCUAUUUUUGGCCCCCUGGCAAGCAAGUUCGCUUCGUACUGAAAGCGAAAACCACAACAAUCCGUGAACUUUGAGGAUAUCGAAUUUGGUCGCAAAGUGGGUAAAAUCUUGAUUCCUUUGCAAAGAAUACACUUCAGGAAGAUAUGAACCGAACCUUGCUUGUGGAAGAAGGAGAUGAUGAUGGUGACAAUAGGCAGGAUAAGAAAAAGAGAGAAAAAGAAAAGUUUCCAGAUGCUGCAGAGAAAAAGAAAAAAAUGGCAUUCAAAAAGGCUGAUGGGAAGAAAGAACAUAACAAUUCAAUAACAGGCUCAUCCAAAGUGCAACCCGCUGAAAUGGCCGACAUGGCUGCAGUGAACCCUGAUACUGAAGGUAUAACAUCUCCAGUGGAUUCUCCUGCCAUCAAUCUUCCAGGAACAAAUGUUUACCAGGGACAAACAUGUCUUCAAAACAUUGUUAUUCCUCCACCACCACGACCGGUCGCACUGCAGCAGCUGCCUCCUCAGCACUUGCAACAGAGAGCAAACUGGCCACAGCAACAGCAACAAAUGGCUGCUGUCUACAUGGUACCAACUCAGCCGCCUCACUUUAUUCCAACCGCCUUCCAGUCCCCAGGGCCACCCUCACAGCAAAUACCAGGGCAGUUUGUUCGCCAGCCAUAUCAGCCAGGCCAUUUUGUGGUGCCACAGUAUCACCAAGCUAGUGGGAGUCCUGUUCAAGGUGUUGUGUAUAGUGGUCAGGUAGUGGCAGGCUCUCAUCCCACCCAUGUGCUGACCAGAGCUCAGUCCUUGCCACCUUCAGCUACACCUGGAGGUGAAUUGGCACACAGCUCUGGUUGGGUAACACAACCUUCUGCUAGUCCUCCACCACUGUCAAACAGUGCAGAGUCUUCUUGGGUAAACAAUUCAGCUGAGCCUAGAGAAGAAAGAACAUGGAAAGAUAGUGAUAAUUCAGCAAACAACAAUAACAGUUACCCAGUGAACAAUAGCCAGUGGGCAGCUUUUGUGCCAGAAGAACCUUCACAAGAUGCAAACUCAUUUGUGUAUGAACUGGAUGAAGAGCACAGUUCAAGUGAUGAAGAUGUGGAUCGCAGCAGCUCACCAGAGCUGGCGGGUGAAGAGGGAGAAGUACUUCUUAGGGCUCCAUCACUUGCAAGCUUUGCAGAAAGCAUAAGCAGUCUUGAGGAAGAGUCUGAAGACAAUAUUUGGCGAAUCUUGCCUGAGCAAAGAGAGUACUACACAAAACAGUUUAAAAGAUUGCAACCAGUUGAAGAUGGACUUGUUCAAGGUCCUAGAGCAAGGGACUUUUUUAUGAAGUCUAGCUUACCAGUUGAGGUUUUGUCAAAGAUAUGGCACCUAUCAGACAUCAACAAGGAUAAUGCCCUUAACCUGGAUGAGUUCUGCAUCGCGAUGCAUCUGGUGGUAGCACUGCGGCAUGGUUUGGAGCUGCCAUCAACUUUGCCUGCUGUCUUGUUACCAGAAAAGGAGGAGACUGGAGUGGGUAUGCUUGCACAUCCUCUUGAAACUCAACAACAAACAGAAGAAAAUGAAGAACAUGAAGCAGGGAGAAACAUUUCUUCUCCAGAGCACUGGCUACGUUUUACGGAGCCCCACCAUCAGGCUGUGACAUCACCGCCUGCUAACUUUAGCAACUCUUCUAUGAGGAAGAAGGCACACUCAGUUGUUCAACCCAUACCACUUAGAGCUGACCUUGAGGGAGAUGGGAACAAUGCUUCGAGGCCUAGAUCACUUUCUGAUCCGACUUCUUUAGACGAUUCAUCUAUUGAUGGAGCUUCUCGCAGGACUACCAACCUUGCUAGUCCCAAACCCGUAAAUCCGCUCCACAUUGUUAUGCCUCAAUCUCCUGCCCAGCAAGGUGAAGUGCCACAGGCUGGGUCAACCAGUCCUAACCAAGGAGUAACAGCGGAGAUAGAGAUAGCUCGACCAAGAGCAACGGUCAAACCCAGUCUUCUUGAUGUUCUUCCCGGUCAGCUUCUGCCGCCACCUUCGGGAAAGCAAGCCCGUGAUGGCUGGACACCUACCAGUAAAUUUAUAUAUCAAGGAUCAGGACCUUCAUCGUCACCUCCAUCGUCACCGGAAGAGGACACUCCCACCUCACCGCUUUCUCCUGAGCAAAGAGAGACUCCCUCGCCUCCUCCUUUACAACAAGAGGAAGAAGAGGAAGAACAGCCUAAGGAAGACACCGUCAAAGAAGAAGUAGUGUAUCGAGUUAACAGGAGAAGUGGGGAGAGACCAAGGUCAACUGGAGAUGUGAAAAUUGAUAGUAAAAGUGAGGCUAGUUUGCCAUCAACACCGGUGGACGAACAAGGUCAGAGCUCUGUAUCUUCAGAAGGAAGGAAAGAUCCCCCUCCUCCACCCCCUAGGAACAAGAAAGGUCACUCAAGGUCCUCCUCUUUGGAUCUCAACAAGCUUUUUGCCACAAAAGCCAAGGAGAAUAAGGAUAAGGGUACCCCGCCAUCGUCCUCAUCAAGCUUUUCAAGUCAGACUGGCGACAGUGUGCCUCCAGCUAGGAGUGAACCUGCAACACCAAGACGUCAAAAUGAGAAUUCCACCAGCGAUGACAAGUUGGAAGUGAAUCACACUAAAGUAGAGAAGCAGGAAGAUUUUGCCGACUUCAGCAGAUUUGAGAGUUUUGUGGAAGCGCAAGGCGGAGGAGGUGUAAUUAGAAGAGGUUCAUCCCCUCGUCCCGCGCAACACAGACGGUCAUUUUCACUGGACCAUUCUCGUGAGGUAGUCUGGUCGCAGCCUUCACCUCCUCAGAAACCUUCCAGUGAAGCAGUUGCUACUACACCAAGUAGACCAGCUCACAAUCAAGAGGCUCUGCCUAGACCAGUUCCUAAGUUGAAACCCCCUAGUCCUCCUACUCUGAAACAGGGAAGGCGAUUAGACAAAGAUGGAGACAAAGAAAGAAAACUCAAAACAGAACCGCCUAGAGUUAUUGUAAGGCCUCUAACCAAGGAGGACAAACUAAAUUCGAGAAUAAGUGAUCUGAAGGAAAAGAAUGCUGCGCUUUCAAAAGUUAACAGCGAACUUCAACAGGAACUUAAAACGAUAAUGGAAAGUCGAGCAGUGCUGGAACUUAAAAUGGAAAAGCUCAAAUCACCUUCGACUCGGAAAGAGGAAACAGCGAAUAAAUCAGUGAAAUGAUAAUUGAUGUAAAGGAAAGAGCUUUUAUCUUCAUUCAGUCUUCACAUGAACGGAGUUUCAUGCGAACUUUAGACAGCACUGACCUAGCGGGUAUUUUGCCGACGGUUUUCUGUGCAGACAGAACGCCUCCUCAGCUAAGACCGUCUUAAAAAUACUCACGACUCCACACUGAAUCACAUUUUAGUGUUUUCCUUUUUUAUUACUUUUAGAUAUUCAAACUGUAAGUUAACUAUUUGUCCCUUUAUAGCCGUGUUGUAAGAGAAUUAUAUUAUAUAUAAACCAAAUUUAAGAGAUAUCGUUAUGAUAUAUAAUGGGUAGAAUCUCAAAAGAUGAUUAAACAUAGAAUUUUGAAAAUUGGUUGGCA